AUGGCUAGUGGAGCACCUGGUGGUAACUUCAGAACUUGGACUCCGACACCUCCGGAAAGAGGUUCCUUUCCUCUUGAUCAUUUUGGUGAGUGUACCGAGCAAAUGACCAAAUACUUACAGUGUCUUAAGUUUACAAACAAUCAAAACUCUCCUAAUUGCCGAAUUCUCGCAAAGGGCUAUUUGAGGUGCAGAAUGGAGCACGAGCUAAUGGAAAAAUCUGACUGGGAGUCUCUUGGGUUGAUAAAUCUCCCGGAGAAACAGAAUGUGGUAAAUCUUCAGGAUCAACCAGAGCAAGCGAAAUAA